AUGGAUGUUCUCUUGAUCUGGCCAUUUCUUAGCUUGAUUGCAGGGGCUCCUGUAAUACUUGAGCUCUGCAAAUCACCAAAUUAUUCUCUAGGUGCUUAUCCAAGGCGCCAAUCUGCAUGGAGAUCAUUAAUUAACGAUCAAUCUUGGUGGAUGAGAGCUGCGUUACCUAUGUACUUGUUGCAUCAAUUCGAAGAACACGGUUAUGAUAUUCUGGGGAGGCGGUACGCAUUUCGGUCCCAUUUCUGUGAUCAACUUGGCUUCGAAAACAUCGAAGAAUGUCCAUUGACGCCACUAGUUAUACUCUUUGUCAACAGCACAACAGUGUGGGUGACUGCGAUUUUCGCUCGCACAAGGAUUAACGUCGCCAGAAGCUUUUACGGGUUUGCUUUCAUAAACGGAUUAACGCACGUAAUACCAUCGUUAAUGGACGGACUAGCCUAUAACCCAGGCCUUGUGACAACCUGGCUAUUGUUCUUCCCUGGGGCAUAUUUGGCGCUUCGAUUGCUUGGAGGAGCAGGAAGAGGAAUUGCAUCUGGAAUUAUAUGUCACGUUGUCUUGAUGGGCUCGAUGAAGCUCGCUGCUAAAGGUUAUGUUAAUGAGUGGGCUCUUUGCAGUGUUCAGGUAUUGAAUACCCUAUUGUUAAUUAGUUUU